GUGACCCCGCCCACACCUGAUAGAUGCCGAUGUCCUGCUCUCCAUUCCCUUACACGUGUUCUCACUUCUGAGAGAAAGAAGUGCGUGAGAUAAAUAGAAGCCUCCUUUCCAGUUCCUUUGGCCAUGCAGUGGGGUGUCUAAUGGUCUCCUUAGACAGAAGUGUCCAUGUAAGAAGGGAAUCUUAGAAGAGAAGAGUCAGACACUUGUGCGGGAAGAGAAGACUCUUAUACGGAGCAUGGCGUCAGUCAAUGAUGAUGGCAUGGAUGAGAGACUGGCACCCAUUAAACAUGAGGACUGUGAGUGGGGCACACCGGGUGAUUUGUGUGUCAAGCGGGAGGAUUUUGAAGGAGCGAUAUCAGAUUUUAAAGAGGAGCUGAAGGUGGAGACUGUUAACAUUAAAAUCGAGGACUCUGAAGAUUUCUCAGAUCUUCUUGAACUGGAAAAGCAUGAAACUGGCAAUAUUGUCAAGCAAGAUAUUUCUGAACAAUCACAUAACGGUUUUCAGCCCUCGCUCACUAAUAUGGGACAAUUGGCUACGCAGCAGAAUUGUUUGGAACUGAAAUUUGAGAUACCUGAGUUUGAGGAGAAAAUCACUGAAAGAAGUAGAAGAGAAGCAGAAGAACUGCAGUCAUCUGGGAAUGUUGGAAUAAAUUUACAGGAGAAUGGCAGCUUCUCCAGAUCUUCAUCUGCUCAGACCACUUUUCAGAACACCGAGGAAAAGAAGAAAUUGAUAAGAGGAUCAGGGAAUUUGACCCCAGUGUCUCUCCAAUGGAGCUCUAAUCCUGCUGCUAAGCUGUCACAGACAGAAGCCAUAAACACCGAUCAACAGCAAGUGAAUAAACGCAAACAAGUUCACACCGGAGAAAAACGUCAUUGUUGUUUGGAAUGUGGCAAACAAUUUGCACACAAUAGUAGUCUGCGGAAGCAUAUGAAAAUUCACACUGGUGAGAAGUCUCAUUGCUGUUCUGAAUGUGGAAAGUGUUUCUUACAGAGAAGUGGUCUUAGUAGCCACAUGGCCGUUCAUACUGGGGAGACACCACAUUGCUGUCCAGAAUGUGGUAAAAGAUUCCCACGGAUUUGCAGUCUUCAGAGGCACAGAAGAAUCCAUACAGGAAAGAAAGCUUACUGCUGUCCAGAAUGUGGCAAACAAUUCUUUUAUGGUAGCGCUUUUCGGACACACACACGAAUUCAUACUGGAGAGAAGCCAUAUUGCUGCUCUCAAUGUGGGAAAAGAUUUUCCAACAGUAGCAAUUUGCGGGUUCACAUGCGAACUCAUACCGGAGAGAAGCCAUAUGUCUGUUCUGAAUGUUACAAAACCUUUUCCACAAAGAGCAGUCUUUACAAGCAUGCCAAAAUUCACACUGGAGAAAAACCUUAUUGCUGUUCUGAAUGUGGGAAACGAUUCCUAAGUAGAUGCCAACUUCAAGAACAUAUCAGAAUUCACAAUGGGGAGAAACCUUACUGUUGUACUAAAUGCGGUAAGAGAUUUUCACACGGCAGUGCCCAUCGUAGCCAUAAAAGAACUCAUACUGGUGAAAAAUCUCACAGCUGUUCCGAAUGUGGCAAACGUUUCUCGGCCAGCUCGAGCCUUAAUAGCCACAUGAGAAUUCACACUGGGGAGAAACCCUUUUGCUGUGUAGAAUGUGGCAAACGGUUUUCACAUAAAAAUAGCCUUCAUAGCCAUACCAGACUCCAACACACUGGAGAAAAACUUCACUCCUGUUCUGAAUGUGGGAAACGAUUCUACGAUAGGAUCAGGCUGCAGCGCCACAUGCGAAUUCACACUGGAGAGAAGCCGUAUUGCUGUUCUGAAUGCGGAAAAAGGUACUCUUCCGGUAGAAGUUUCCAGAGGCACGUACAAAUUCAUACUGGAGAAAAGCCUGUUCUAAACGUGGCAAACAUCUUUCCCCCUGUCUCCACAAGCAUGGAAAAAGUGAAAGACGACCAUUGGUGUUCUGAAUGAGGCAACAACAGUACUGUGCUGUAAUAACAACUUACGCUAAAGGAAAGCUAAAAAUGUUUAUCGCAAUAAUGAUGAAAUACUCAUGUAGAGUAAAAUCAUGUUCAGUGUGCAACACAAACCAACAAGAAGUGGUGCUAAAAUGUGAACACAGUAACCAGAUAUUAGUAUUGUUUGUUAGUUUUCUGUUCCUAUUUUGCUUAUCUUUUAUGAAAUUAUAAUACAUAAGAAUUCAUCGUAAAUUAAAGACUGAAUAUGGAAAACUGUUCUUUGUGACUUGAGAGCCACCUCUGGAUUGACACUGGACAGAAAUCUCACAGUUUGCUGGAAUACAAUGACUGGUCACACACAGCGGAAGCCUUCAUAAACUCGAAACAAUUCAUGCUGGAGAGAAACCCCACUGCUGUCCCGUAUGAGCGAAAUGAUUCUCAGAAAACAGUGAGCUUCAUAGCCAUUAAGGAAUCUCAUAGCUGUCCUGAAUAUGGCAAUUGAGUCUCCUUCCGCCAUCUUGAGAAACACAAAAGACUUCACAAUGGAAUGGAAAGUCAAAAAAAUAGCAUAGUACCAAGAAAGGCAGUUGGAAACUGUGGAAGAACUUUCGGACCCAUCUUGACAUCCUACCAGACUCCCAUCAUCCCAUAUGGGUUACAGAGGGAUGCUUGACUUGGAAUAAUGGAAGUGCUACCCUUAGACCUGGCUGCACAUCUGCAGGACUGACAUCUACUGCGGUACAAACACUCAUCGAGAUUGCAGGGAACUCCGUUUCUGUUUGAUUGGUAAGCAGGCAAAUCCUAUUUUGAAGGAAUGAACCCCCCCCUAAGAAUAAAUGUAGUGU